AGAAACACACGGCUAAUUGUUUUCAUUUGCUUCUAAAAAGCAUUCACUAUUAUAGAUUGAUUUAUUCUUGUGCUUCUGCGUGAGAUAAUCUAUGACAGAAGGCAUAUUUUUAGUAAAAGCUGUCAAUUAUCAGUUGUGCUCUAGCUCCAUCGUGUGGUACUAGGGAGAGCGUGCAAAGGUCUCCUGCCGAACAGCAUGAUGUGGGAUUUGUAGUCCAGUCCUUUAAAGGUCUUUAAUUGGGGGUUAUUGUCGAGUUUUUGGAUUUGUAAAUAAGUGAGCCACUAUUAUAAUUUCAGAUAUGAACUAUUCAGAUCUUUAAAUCCAAUUAAAUUCUUCCACAAGCAAGAUGGGAUGACGGUUGACCAUGUGAGACGUCAGCAACUUUCCCAGGAUACUUUGCUUCAUCGUGCGUCCUUCUGCGGCUGUUUCAAACAUGGAGGAGAGUGAGAGGGACAGAAAAAGCGUAAAGCCAGACAGUAAAGAAACGGUACCUGCAACCACUUCAGUACCGCAGCAUGAGCCGGACUCAGCCAGUACAACUGGGGGCGAUGACGCAGAUAAAACAGACGUCUGCUCCGAAAACUUUGACCCACUUUUGGCCUUGUACUCUCCUACCGUCACGCUUCCUUUUCCCAACAUCAAAUGCUUCAACAACGUCGCCGAGUACGAGAGCUUUCUGAAGGGCGGUCGGGGCAGAGCCAAGCCGGAGAAUGUGGAGAAAAAGCGGCUAAAGGCGAUGAAAGGGGUGGCUGACCCGGAACGUAUCGAGAGGCUGAAGAAGCUGAUGGUGAACAACCCGGUGCCCGAUGCAGAGGAGGGGGAGAGCAGCGGCACACCGCGGCGGAGGAAGCAGAAGAUCCAGAAAAAUGUGCUGACGAGGAUGCCCCUAUGCAAAGGCAGUCCUCUGGGUGAACUGCACCGAUGCGUUGAGGAGAGGAUAAGGGUCAAAGUUCACAUCAGGACCUUCAAGGGGUUGAGGGGCGUGUGCUCUGGCUUCGUCGUGGCCUUCGACAAGUUCUGGAACAUGGCGAUGGUGGACGUAGAUGAGAUGUACAGAGACCCUCUUCUCGGAGAGGCGUUCUACCACGAGAAAGCCCUCACCAUUUCACGGCUCUUUGAGAAGCUAAAGCUCCAGGAAAGCUCAGGAGGUGAUGAGCCAGCAAAACAGCACAAAGCCCAGGGAAAAACCGACAAGCAUCAGCCCGCAAACCCAAUCAUGACUCCAAAAAGCCUGUCUGCUCACCUUACCAGCAAGAGAGGAGACAGCAGGACGGAGUCCAAGCUGUCACAAGAUGCUAAAACCAAACAGGACAAACAUGAAAUCUCGAUGAAGGCUCAGGGUCCAGAGACCUGUCAGAAGAAAGACUCCAAGACGUACGGCAAGGUCCACACACGCCACAUCAACCAACUUUUCAUCCGGGGUGAGAACGUUAUCCUGGUUAACCCACAGCCUCUCUGAUGUAUUUUGUUUGAUAUUUACAGCAUCUUAUUUUCAAGGAAGAUGUAACAAAACCACAGUCAGUUCAGUUUUAUUUUACACUGAACAUCUGUAAUAAUAGAUGUGAAACUCUGUAGAUGAACUGCCAGAGAGAGCUCUGAUUUAAUUACGUUCGUAAGAAUCAAACCAGGAGUACUGUUAUAUCAUAUUGAUAUGGAAGUUUUUCUCAAUUAUUUUGAUAUCAGGGAAUAAAAGCUUCUCUGUACUAAUUUUA